GGGAGGGAGCAAAGGUGUGGGCAGCUUGGAGUUGGUUUCUGACCAGAAACUCGUCAGGGACCAGGGAGCGACACGGCCUUGGAUACCAGCCCUCUGCCUGGGGGUGUCACUGACUCGCAUCGAUUUGGGGCAGCAGGGGUUUUGAACGGCGCCUGACUCUGGCAGGUUAACCCCCCCCGCAGCCCCCCAAUUCCUUGGCAUUUCGCACCGUGUCUGAGAACCUUUUGUAAAGGGGAUUGUUCGUGAGCCUGCUGCAGCGUGUGUUGAGCCCAGGCGGGAGGAGCGUCUGAUUUACUGCCUGCGAGUCUCUUUGCCGGCCGGGCCCGCGCUCCGGCCAUGCGGGGCUCGGGGCUGCGGGCGCCGCUCUCAGUAGCAUGGUUGAUUUCAUGGUGUUCCGUCAUAGCUGAGCCCCCAGGAGAGAAGAUGACUGCUGCUGCAGGAUCCUGCAUUGUGCUCCCUGGACUGGAUCAGUUGGAGGGUGUUAGCCUCAUGCAGUGGAAAUUUUCUGAGCAGUACCUCGUGAUUUAUCAUGUCAAUAACUCCAGUUUUCCUGACAUUGUGGACCAAGACCGAUUUCUUUUCCAGAAGUCAAAUGGAUCUCUCCAGAUCUGUAGAUUAAAAGUGAAUGACAGUGGGAUCUAUACCCUAAUAAUAAACAUGAAGAAGCAAAAUGAGAGAUCCAUCCAACUAGAAGUUGUUGAGCCUGUGUCCCAGCCGGAACUCUGGAGCAACUUGUCCUUGAUCGGCCUUACCACUGAGCUGGUGUGCAACACAUCAGUUGAGAAAGUGGCUAAAUAUCAGUGGAAGAAGGAUGGGAAGCCCCUCCCUAAAGAAAGCCAUUACCAGCUCUCUCAGAAUAACAGUGUGUUACUCAUACUAAACACUACCUGGUCUGACAAAGGCUCCUAUAGUUGUAAUGUCAGUAGUGAGGUCAACUGGCAUGAAGUUUCCCUGGAGCUGCCUGUUCAACAAUACAGAAAGAGAAUAUGGAUGCUGCUCCCAGUUGGAAUAUGUAUGAUUGCCUAUGUUAUCACUGGUGUCUUCAUUUUUAAAUCCAGCUCAUGACUAUGUUUUUUUUAAUUCUGACUUUUAUCAGAAGAAGGAUCUUUUGGGGGAAAAGAGCUUGCAACAGAACUUCCUUGAAUGUCUUGUGUGAUGUCCUAGUCAAUUUCUGGACUAAUUAAUGAAGCACUUUAUGGUGAGCAGAACCAGAUGCUUCAGAGAAAGAUGCACGAAACCAUUCAGUAAGCAGUUACAGAACAAUCCAUUCCCAAGGAGGUCUCUGAACUUUCUGUGGCGUUAUUGACAUAAACUGUGACUGUAUAGAUCAUUGUUGCAACCACUGUUAUAUAUUUGCAGCAAAUAUAGGUACAACCGUUGUCGUGUGAGGUGUCUAUAAAGAGGUUAUGCUCUCUGUAUGUGUGUAUCAUUUUUGUAGUUGAAGUUAUGAAAAUUGGCUAUGUAUUUGUAUCUCAAUGUGUUUUGAUUCUAAGUAGCCUCAGUGAAGCAUUUGGUCAGCUUCUUGAGAAAGGAAUUUGCAGAUUAAGUGCCCAGUCAAGAAACAGUUAACUGACAAUGGAUUUGAGGAGACGCCAAUCCAUAUCUGAGCUUUCCUGGGAACGUUCAAACUAACAUGUAAACAAUGGUGUCGGCCUGCAAAUUGAGUCAUGAAUGGACAUGUAACUUGUCCAUGGGACUCCAGACUCCAUCUUGCUGCUGUGAUUUUUCCACAGUAAGAACAAAGGGAUGUCCUUCCACGGGCAGAGAAUAUAAAAGGCCCUGGAAACCCCUCCAUCUUGUCUUCAAUCCUGCUUCUGACCUCGUGAGGAAUCUUGCUACAAACUGAAGCUCUGAGCAAAGGACUGAAUGACCCAUCGCAGCUAUGGAUGUACUCCAGAGACUUGAUUUGAACAUGCAGUUUAUUACACUACUGCUACAAGCCUGAAGCAAGAAUUUUGCCAUUACUGUAUGUAAUUGAUUC